CACAUAAACGGUAUAUAUCCUCACAUCAGGUCCCCUUGACUGUCUCCUUCACAGUGGGCUCGCAGGCAGACACAGCUGACUUUCAACCGAGCUGGCCGCUGUCCUUGCAGUACGGGGGAAAACAGGGACCUUGCAAUGAUCUCGCUGGACUUCAAUUUCAACAUUUUGACACGGGACCUGUCACAUUAUUUGGAAAAUCAAGUGAAAGUUGGGCUGUUUGGAUCGGGAGUAGGACUGUCUCUGGUACUGGGCUUUAGCGCAGCGUACACCUGCUACUAUCUGCUCUCAGUAGCGAAGAAGCCACAGCUCAUCUCAGGGGGUAAGAAGUUCUACCACUUUCUGAGGGAGCAAUGUCCGGUAGUGUCAGAGACCUAUUACCCCACCUUUUGGUGCUGGGAGAGCCGCAUCCAGACUCUGCUGAGACCCUUUGUCACAGCCAAACCUGGAGUCGUCUACAGAAAUGAGCUUAUUAAGGCAGCAGAUGGGGGACAGAUCUCUUUGGAUUGGUUUGACAACGACGACAGCCUCUCUCAUCCCGACCCUGCUACUAGGCCCACAGUCCUCCUCCUCCCCGGUCUGACCGGCACCAGCCGAGAGUCCUACAUCCUGCACAUGGUCCAACAGAGCCGAGAUCUGGGCUAUAGAUGUGUGGUAUUCAACAACAGAGGGGUAUCCGGGGAAACACUGCUGACCCCGAGGACCUACUGUGCAGCCAAUACAGAGGACCUGGAGACUGUUAUUGAGCACAUCCAGAGGACUAAUGACGCUGCACCAAUCAUGGCCGCUGGAGUAUCAAUGGGCGGGAUGAUGUUGGCAAACUACUUGGGGCGCAAGGGCCGGGAGACCUGUUUGAAAGGGGUCGUCGUCUUCUCAGCAGGCUGGGAUGUGUUUGAGUGCACUGCCUCACUGGAAAAGCCCCUGGACCGCUUCCUCUUCAACUCCUACCUCACCAGCUGCCUACAAGCGUCUGUGCACAGACACAGACCAGUGCUUGAAAAGUGUUACGACAUCGAUCAUGUCAUGAAGGCAAAGACCAUUCGAGAGUUUGAUGAGAGGUUCACCUCCAUAAUGUUUGGAUAUCCUACCAAUGAUGACUACUACCAUGAUGCCAGUCCUGUCCACAGGCUGAAAUCUGUGCAGGUGCCAAUGCUGUGUCUGAAUGCUGCUGAUGACGUCUUUUCUCCGUCUCAUGCCAUCCCAGUGGAGGCAGUGAAGCAGAACCCCAACCUGGCCCUGCUCAUUACCUGUCACGGCGGCCAUAUCGGGUUCCUCGAGGGCCUGUGGCCUCGACAGAGCACUUACAUGGACCGAGUCUUCAAGCAGUUUGCUAAGGCGGUCAUUGAAAAAGGCAGUGGACUCCAAGACCUCUCCUGAUAAGAGAACAAAACCAAGUGUUCCUCUACUUCUACUUCCUCUCUCUCUUAUGCCUUUCUUCCUUUGUUCCUUACAUCCUUGAAUCUUUUCUUUAAUGUUGGCCUUCCAUCUUUCCUUGUCGCAUUCCAUCUUUUAUUCCUUCCUUUUUUAUUCAAUUCUUCCGUGAUUUUCUUUCUAUUUCAUUUCUUCGUCCCUUCCUUUGACCUUUUUCCCUCCUUCACCCUUGCCCCUCAUUCCUCCUUUCUACAUUCCAUCCAUCCUUCAUUCCUUCCCUCUCUACCUAAUCCUUUUCUACCUAUUUCCUUCCUUCCAUUGACUUUCUUUUAUCUUUGCCCUCCAUCCUUCCGUCCCAUUCUUCCUCCUGCCACAAGCAAAAAAAAAACAAAAAAAACAAAGUUCUUUCUCAUUUGAAGGGCACAUCUUAUUGAAUGCAGCGUUUGUGUUGCAUUCAACAUCCUUUUAUUUAUUCCAUACAGUUAACAAAUCAUUGUAUGUAAUCAUGCUCUCAGUGGUAUGCUUAUUAAAAAAAAACAGGCAUAGCUGCCCAUGUCACUGUUGAAAAGCUGAAUCUGUGCCCAUCUUGUUCGGUUGCAUUAGCUAGCUUAAAAGAGUCCGCGGUUACCUUGUGCAAUAAUGUUCUUUUGAAGUUAACACAAGUACUGUACAUGAAAAUCCAAUCAUCUUUGUUCAUGAACCUUUAGUACUCAUAGCAGUAGGAUUUUAGCCCUCAGGGAUUUUCUUUAUACUCAUACUCAUUCAUACUUCCUGUGUAAACUUGUUUUGCCAAUCAUUCUCCUUUAGUUUGUUUUCCUCAUUUAAAGGUAGAUCUUAUUUACCAGUUGACAUACAGUUGUUUCUUUUCUCUGAAGUGAGAGUUUUAUAUUUUUGGGAAAUAUGCCUCUUUGCACUCUUGCAGAAAGUGAGAUUGGAAGAUUGACUCAACCUCCAUGUUAGCUUAUUAAAUAUGAAGGUAAAGCCAAUCAAAAAAAAAAAAAACACCCAGUGCUCCGAAGUCCCGUUUCUCUGAAAAAACAGUUUCAGUUUCCCAGCGGCGUUUGAGACACCAAUCCUGGUUGUUUUAACUGACCUUUCGCUGUGUUUAUCACUGCGUUUAAAACUCCAAAUGUGGGUUAUUAAGCCAAAACAUGAUCUUUGUCUCAACAUAACCAAGUGGUUUUUCGUGUCCAAACGUAACUAUAGAUUCACAACAGUGUUACUGAGAAAUGUAACGUUUCAGUGUAUCUGUUACAAAAUCUAUCUAUACUUUACAGAGACUUAGGCUGCAAUAUGAACAUUUUUCUUGGCGAUUGGGUCAUCUAACUGCAGGACUUUUGUAUUUUUGGAGAUAUGGGAUAAUGGGCUAUCAGAGAAAGGGCCUUUGGUCCAAUGGGACAAUUUUUUGGUCUAAGAGGUUUCAAAAUUUGGACUGUCAGAACCAUGGACAGUCGGUAAAAGCCGAUGGGUUUGGAUGGAUGGAUUGCAUUACACUUAGGUCCCCAGAUUUUGCUGUGGAUUGAAUUAGCAUGGUUACUAUAUAACAUGAAUGUCGCUGUCACUUUAACAAACUUUAAAACUUUGUAUGGAAAACAAAAUAAAUCAUUGAAUAUUGGUGUUGAACUGACUGGCCAAAUUCUGAGUCGGGUACAGCCCUAAUUUAUGUGCAGAUUUAGUUUUUAUAGAGAUAAGUCCAAAGGUAACAAAAUCCACAGACAAGCAAUUGCAAACCAACUUUUUAACCUUUGAAUAGAGCCAAGUUUGCUGUAUCCCACUGAUUCCAAUCUUUAUGCUAAGCCAUGCUAACCCGCUGCCUCAUAUUUAAUGUACAAAAAUGAGAGUGGAGUCAGUCUUCUCAUCUAACUCUUAGCAAGACAACAAGUAAGUGGAUUUCCCAAAGUGUCAGUGAUUUCCUUCCUUUAACCAUAUGCAUGCACUUUUAUUUUCACACAUUCUACCUUUACGUACACCAAAUAGUUCUACAAAUGUAUAAUGUAGGAGAAUUAUUCAUUAAUGACAAGGAAUGUGAAAUUGCACUAUUUUAGUUGAUACUACCAUGCCUCUAAUUCCUUAAUGCAAGGCACUUCAUUUCAUCCGAUAUAUGAAAGUAUAUCCCA